AUGCGCAGUCGCGUGUAAGUUGCUGCUGCUGCUCUGGCGGCGGUGGCGUCUCAGCCCACUCGCUCCUUCGUUCAAGCAGGUGACUGCGCUCGGAGAAGCUGGCUUGUCCCGGGCAGGCGAUGAUGCAGGCUAUCGCGGUCAGGUGAGAAGGUCACAGCUUAAUUUUAGUGGCACGUCGAUGUAGAGCGGAGAGGGGUCAGCUGGCAGACGGCGUCACGCUCCGAAGACUUGCCGGCUUGUCUUCCCCUUCUUCGCCGCUUAGACUUUUGGGGUUCACGGUCUGCGCAGCGGAUCAGGUGCAUCGGACAGACCGGGAGGAGAGCGAGUGGCGAUGGAGGAGUCGACCUGUGAGCCUCUCCCGGACCUCAGGGACCUCGAGAGCAAAGUCGGCAGGAAGACGCCCGAAGGCUUGUUGCGAUGGCUACGGGAGGACUCGGCUCCGCACUCCGGCGGCAGCGCACUGGAGACCGGCGAGUGCCGCGACGCAGAUUCCUUGGUGGCGAAAAAGGGACUGGCGGAGAAGAUUCGAGAUCUCAGGCUAGAGAUGGCCUACCUGCGCUCCAUUGAUGUGAAGAUCCUCCAGCAGCUGGUAGCGGUCAAUGAGGGCAUCGAGGCUGUCAAGUGGAUUCUGGAAGAGAAGGGGACCUUGACCAGCCGUUGCAGCAGUCUGACCAGCAGCCAGUACAGUCUGGUGGAGAGCCUGGAGACGUCCCGCAGAGGAAGUUGGAACAGCCUCCAGGACCCCAACGACAAGCUGGACAACAUCUCCAUCGGCAGCUAUCUGGACACGCUGGCCGACGAAAUGGACGAGUACUGUUCUUCAACCUCUGAGCCACUGACAUGUCCUCCUCCAGGUGGCCAGAAUGGCCCAUUGGGCCGAUGUGCACUGGAGCAGCAGCAGCAGCAGCGGGAUCGGGGCCGAUCGCCGGGUCAGGGUUCUCCUUCGCACAAAGUGGACUCUCAGCGGGACGAGCCGGUGUGGACCAAGCCCGUCGUGGAGCCUGGGAAAGCUGAGCAGAACAAAGCUGUGAGAGAUCAGCAACGGAAGGGGCACCUAGACAAGCCGGUGACGGAUAACGGUACCACCUCGUCUGGGACCACAAAGCCAAGUCCGAAGCAGAAGCCCUACAAGAAUGGCAAGCUGCACCUGGACGGCUACAAGUUGGGCGGUAAAAUCCAUUUGGAAUACGAUGCCCACUGGCGCUGGGUCCAGUCUCAGGAUGACGUCACCUUUCUUUAGGGCCGACGGGCUUUGCCGCAAGUCUUCAUCUGUGAGAAAAUGCCAGAUGUAGUUGGCACCCCAAAGACGUGGCACAUUCAGAGCGGGCACACCUGCUUCCCCCUCCAGCAUGUACGAUAUGGCUGGCUCACGCUUCCUGGGCAGCACUGCUACUAAUGCAAAUUUUGUACAUUGGGUUGUGGGUGGCAAAUUGGCACAGUGAUCACAUCGCUCAUCCGUAUGGUGAAUGGAUUCUCCAGGUGAAUGGAUUCUCCGCCAAAGCAUGGACCUGAGCCCAGGCGACACCUGAUGAGGGCUUAACUAGUCCGGGGCAUAUGGCUGCCCAGUUUGAGCCUCAUGCCCUCACAGUGUUUCAACGCCUCUCGCUUCCUUCCUCUGGCAGCCAUUCUCAGUGCUAAUGGUUACUUUGUGCUUGGCAGGUAGUGGGCAGUAAUAACGUUGCUCAGGGUAGUGGGCACUCCAGCUGGGACGUUAUACCCCAUAAUACUCCUAAAGUCUCAAAAUGUAGUCCUGCUUCAGUUCAGGCCCUAGCUAAUGUCUAGUGAAAAUACUGCCCCCUAGUGGCUACCCUUCUGAGCCCCCAUCGUAAAGCUCCUUUACUACAUUUGUACAUUCAGGGACUCGCAUUAAGUUUUAGGUGUAUGUUGUGUGCAGGGCGCUAUAUAAAAUGGCACCCACUUAUUUGGCUUGUCGAUUUGUGAAGAACAUGGGUUGCCAGGCAUGUCGCUCUAAGUGAACCCCACAUUGAUUUUGUAAGUUGACCGCUGCUGCCCCCUAGUGUUCUAAUGGUUCAGGGAUUCGCAUGAGGUUCUAGCCACAUAGCCUGGGCAAGGCGCUAUAUAACAAAGUGGCAUCCUACAUACUUAGCUUAUUGAGUUAUGAAGAACAGGGGCUGCCAGGCAUGUCGCUCUGUCCACACAAGUGACCCUCACGUUGAAUUUAUAAAUUGACCCCUAGUGGCCAAAUGAUGAAGGGACUCGUGUUAGGUCGUAGCCAGACACCACGACCAUGGCAUUAUAUAAAGCGGCACCCCACAUGUUUUUGGCUCGUCACGCUGUAAAGAUCAGGUGUGGACAGAGCAACGAGCCUAAGUGAACCCCACAUUGAUUUUGUAACUUGACCUCUGCUGCCCUCUAGUGUUCUAAUGGUUCAGGGACUCACAUGAGGUUAUAGCCCGGGCAAGGCGCUAUAUAGAAUGGCAUCCCACAUACUUGGCUUGUCGAGUUGUGAAGAACAUGGGUUACCAGGCAUGUAGCUGUGUCCACAUAAGUGACCCCUACAUUCACUUUACCGUCUAAUGCCCAAACCGAGCAGCACAAACAGUGGCACCCGAGCCCUUCUGUUGGUGACUUUCUGUUUAGUAUGGAGGUCGUCAGUGUCAUUUGUCCCCACACAUUUAGGACACAGCAUUUACAUCCUUGAUGCCCUGAACCUUUAACAAUCCACGCCAAGUUCACCUUAAAGACAAGACAGCCGCUUCAUAUUGGAGCCGAUGACCUUGAGUUCCCAGGUUGUGGUGGUCGAUGCCACACUCCACGUGCCACCCGUCCCUUAAGGCUCCACUUACUUGGUUUUGGUCAGUUCUAUCACUUUAGAUAGAGACGUGUAAGGGAGACGCGUCAGAAUUUCUUCGUUCAUUUUCUCAUUUGGGGCUGUGGGGAGGUGGAGC